AUGGACGUUUCAAGAUCCACGGCUUACGAAGAUUUCGUGUGGGCUGUUGAAUUAAACCAUUUAGGUUUGGGAUUGAUAGGCUUGUGGCCUACAAUCAAUAGUGCUGAUAAAAGAAGGAUCGAUCUUGACAUUCGUGUGGGUUCCAUUCUUAUUUUGAUGAUAUUUAUUUGUGGUGUUCCGUCUAUUUGUGCUCUUGUGCGAGUUUGGGGUAACUUGGAGUUAAUGAUAGACAACUUACGAAUGACGUUGCCUUUAAUAAUGGUUUCGCUGAAACUUGUUAUUAUGCGAUGGAAACAAACAGUUCUUUCAUCCAUCCUAAACAUGAUGGCGGAAGAUUGGAUGAUGUCAAAACUAAACACAGAGCGAGAUAUAAUGAUGAAAUAUGCACGUGCCGCUCGAUUAUUUGUAAUUUAUACAUAUGUUGUGAUAGUGUCUGGUUUAACUUUAAUCGUUAUUCCUCUAUGUACUGGCCAAUCAUUCAGAUAUCUGACAAAUCUUACAGAUCGAAACAAACCUUUACCGAUGCAAACGUAUUAUUUCUAUGACACAGAUCCGAGUCCGCAAUUUGAAUUGACAUUUCUCACUCAAGCCUUAACAAUAUUUUUGAUUGCAUACAUCUAUCUCUCGGUAGACGCUUUUCUUGGACUUAUUGUGUUUCACAUAUGUGGUCAGCUAGAAAAUUUAAGACACCGAUUAGCCAAUUUAGUCUCGCGCAGAGAUUUUGACAGAGCACUGAAUAAUUACAUUGUGACUCACAUAAAAAUCAUUAGGUUUGCCUAUAACAUCGAGGAUAUAUUCACUUUUAUUAUGCUUGUAUUGGUAUUAUAUUUUGUUAUUAUAUUUUGCCUAUAUGGAUUUCAAUCGCUUAUUGUGAUUACAGAGAGAAAAAUAAAUGACAAGGGAAUAGUAGGCCAAUUAGCCUACAGAGUAUUUGUUGUUGUAAUGUUAUUUAUACAAAUGUUUCUCUAUUGCGGUGUCGGAGAGUUGAUGACAGAAAAAUGCGACGCGAUGUAUCGUACGUUGUGUGAUAUUGAGUGGUACAAACUGGAAUCGAAUCAAGCAAAAAAUCUUAUUAUAUUAUUAAUGCGAAUCCAAAAACCUCUUUGUAUCACUGCAGGAGGAUUUGUUCCGCUAACAAUAACUACUUUCUGCAGCUUUUUAAAAACAUCGAUUGGAUACAUUUCGUUUUUGCUAGCGCACGCCUGA